AUGUACACGCCUGUAAGCGAGUCUGAUCCAAUGCUUGUAAGCCCUCGAGAUGGCAAGGAUCACCCUUCGAAUGCUGCUGUCAAGACUCUUCGUCUUGAAGCUCCAGCACCUAAAUGUAACGAUGGUAUUUUCGCCUUUAUUUUCCUGCUAAAUGUCACUAUUGUAGGCACUUUAGCCUUUUGGAAAGGAGUACCUGCUUUAAAAGAAGACAUGGGUAAAAGUCGGAGUGAUGGUCGUGUUCCCCAAGGGCAUUCCAUAGCCUGGACAAUGAUUGGUCUAUUGUGUCUCAUUGGACUGGCUCUUUCAUGUACAUGGAUGAAACUCUUGAUGACAUAUGCAAGUUCAAUGAUUAGGGUUGCACUUUGGUUAAAUGUAGCCAUGGUGGUAAUCUUUGCCAUUUCGACACUAUCUGUCAAUAUCUGGGCAGCUCUUGUCUUUUUCUUUUUCGCUGCAAUUAAUGUCUGCUAUAUUUAUCUAGUACAGAAUCGGAUUGGCUUUGCAUCUGCCAAUUUAAAAGCAGCAUGUGCAGGGUUGCAGCAACAUUCUGCAAUUUUUGGAUUGGCUUUUUUUCUCGUGAUCCAGCAACUUGCUUGGAUGUUGUUAUGGGGUCUUGCAAGUUUAGGAAUGCACCGGAUUUUUAUGGAAGCUGAUCCAAACUGUGAUCGAGAAAUUGAACUUGCAAGUCGUGGACGGAACCAUGGAGGACUUUGUGUCGGAUUUCCAGCUUAUGCAGCUUUAUUUUACAUGCUCGUGAGUGUCUAUUGGGGUCAACAAGUAUUGCAGAAUAUUUUGACUUGUACGACCGCAGGGGUCAUUGCAACGUGGUGGUAUCAGCCCAAUUCACAAAAGGCGACAUUGGGAGCACUGUAUCGUUCGGUGACGACAAGUUUUGGAUCCAUUUGUUUCGGGUCAUUGAUUGUGGCGGUUCUUCAAGCAUUGAGAACUAUGGCGAAUACGGCUAGACGUCGUGCUAGUGAGGAAAAUAAUGGGGGACUGGUGUGUUUGGCGUGUUUGGCUGAAUGCAUAUUGAGCUGCCUGGCGAACAUUGUGGAAUACAUAAACCAAUGGGCGUACGUGUACGUUGGUGUGUACGGCUACCCGUUCCGCACAAGUGGGAAAGCGGUCAUGGAUUUGUUUACUAACCGUGGUUGGACGGCGGUGAUUAAUGAUGACUUGACGUCAAGUGCACUUUCGUUUGGGGCUUUGGGCGUUGGUGUUGUGACGUGCUGUAUUGGACUUCUUAUGGUGCGUUUUUCACCUGUGGAGUGGUUUACGGCUUUGGGCUCUCGUAUGGGCGUAUACGGAACGAUGGCCUUGAUCGGCUUUACGGUGGGAAUUAGCAUGGCCUUGAUCCUGGCACAUGUAAUCAUUGCCGCUCUUCACACCAUCUUUGUUUGUUUCGCGGAGGACCCAGUUGCGUUUAACCGCAACCAUCCAAAGGAAUACGAAGACCUCGUGGCUGGUUGGCGUCAGUUCCACGGGGAUGCGUUGCUGUCCGCUUAUGGAGGAUCCGUCUAA